AUGUCAGGUUACUACGUUGGACCCUUCGGUCGUAUGUUACCCGCCAUCGACGGUCGAUCAACCGAGCAGGAUCCGGAGCACCCAGCUAAUGAAUCAGAAUCUGGGGAUAACCCAUACCAGCUUCCACCCCCACGUGCACCAGCAAACUUGCAAUUUGGAUCAGACCCAUUUUUACGACGAGGAGAAAAUGCCGAGCCAGGGACAGGCCCACCGCCAGGGGAGUCUGCUUCACAGCCACAACCUCCAAGGACCGAGCAAUUACCUUCUGUGCGACAUUUGUUAACCCCUGCUGCCGGUCCGAACUCGCCACCUGCCUACCAUCAGCCAUUCGGGACUUCGACGCCUGGGACCGACCAUCGUGAAUACUCUUAUCCGUUUCGUGGGCAUGAGCCGGCACAUGCUUCACAGAUCACCCCAGUCUCUACACAAGACAGAGGACGCUCGGAAUCAUUCCCACAUCCACAGACAGGUACCCUUCCGUCACUGUCACAGGUGGCUAUGCAUAGUCCUCGAGACAUGACACAUCAUACGGCGACACGAAGUGAGCCGUCAGCGGUUUCCUUCCAGCACAGUCAAUCACCUUUCCACGGAACCCUAUAUCACGAAAAUCCUUCGAGUACAGGAGACAUUUCAUCUCCCGAGAGCGCGAGUCGAGUUUCAGGCCAGUCUACACUUCCGCUUGUAAUUGACGAACGAUACGUGGAAGGAGAGGGAAUCUGCUAUUUUUAUGCAGAUGGGUCGCACGUCCCGAAGCUUAUUAAUGGUGUCCUGGUGAACGCCAAUUGGGGCAUCACGAAGGCUGGGAAACCGAGGAAAAGACUAGCACAGGCCUGUCUUACCUGUCGGGAGAAGAAAAUCAAAUGCCAACCGAACCUACCGAAGUGUGAUCAAUGUCAGAAAUCCGGACGUGAAUGCAGGUUCGAGAGUGCUCCCCGUGGGAGUCGUGGCUCCAUGAGAGCAUCAAACUCAACAGGGCCAUCUAGUAGAUAUGACAUGAGGGAAGGCUUUUCACCAGGCCCUCAUGCGGCCUCCGACGUUUCCCCCUCGCUUUACAAUAUGCCUCGAGCUUCAAACAGUGCCACUUCGCUUCCCGGAACGAGCGGCCAUUCACCAGGCUCCGAAGGUCCCUUGCCGUCCGCAACCGAAGGCACAUACGAUACAAUGACAGAUGCAGAGCGAGCAUACCGGUCACGAAUAUACAGAACCCCGCGCCCCAUUCCUGUGGGUGAUGAUACCGGCACAAGGGCUUCUGAACACACGGAGACGCUUCGGCCAGAAUAUUCCGAUAUUUUUGGAGAUCUCAAGGACAUCAAUGCCGAUGAUCCCCUUGCUGGUUCCUGGAACGUUGAUCCCUACGACAGUGAUCCAGAAAUGACAACACACUACGUCGAGUCCUACUUUACAUCGGUUAAUGAACUUUACCACAUAUUCCCACAUGCUCGAUUUGUCUUGUGGCUGAAGUCUUGUCAUACAAAGUCGGCCGAAGACAAGAUGUUACUAUACUCAAUGAUGGCGUUGGGAUCCAUCUUCUCCGACCGGCCUGACAGAAUCGGAGCACUACGACGAUAUUCCAGGAUCGCACGUUUUGCUAUUCAGAAAAGCCAGCAUGCCCUGUCUUUGCAGCUUGUUCAAAGCCACCUUAUUAUGAGUCUUCUCUACUACGCCACUGGAUCAUUGGUAGGAUCUUGGGAUUCGAUCGGCGCAGCCGGACGAGCGGCCAGUGGCCUGCGAUACAACGUGGAGUCCGGGGGAGUCAUUGUGGACCAGAAUCAAGCCUGUGACUAUGGACUUCACCCACAGGCAUUGAUUGAAUGUCGCCGUCGGACGUACUGGGUCGCAUUCAUUUUGGAUCGAAUGUCAAGCUUCUUUUCCGCAACUUCCACCUUCAUCUCGUCGGAAGCAGCUUUAAUCCGACUUCCAUGCCGCGAAGAGAUAUAUGAGGCGCAGCAAUACGCAACCGCACCUUACUUCCAAGCCGUUCUCAACCAGGCCACUGUCACAAAUGAUGACCUUUCAGCUCUCAGUCCUAUGGCAUUCUUAAUCCAGAUUAUGUCAAUCUGGGGAGACGUUUCUUUGAAUGUGUUUCGCUUGGCACACGCUCCAUCAGAGGGUUACGCUCAGCUUGCGGAAGAAUUCCACGAGAUAAUCUCUCGCCGCACUGAAGACUGGAUAAAACGGCUUCCUGAGCAUAUGGUUUUCUCCGCAGUCAAUCUCGAGCGAGCCGCUCAAGUAAAGAAAGCAGACGCCUUCUUAUCAAUUCACAUUUUUUACCACGCCACCUUGAUGAAACUAUACAGACACGCCAGAUAUUCGAGUCUGAGAUCUGAGAUACUGGUUCAGUAUAUCCACCGGGCUCGAUUCCACGCAGUUGAAGCCCUAAGAAUUGCCAUGGCAAUCAUGCCCUGUGCCAACGCCGACACAUCUGGGCCUAAUGUGACUCUUCUCAGCCCAUUGAUAGGCUACGGGGUUCUAUCAGCUGUGGAUGUGCUCAGUGCAGCUGGCUUAAUAGCAGAGCUACCAGACUGCAUACCAUUGAUCAGAGGUGCUCUCAGUGUGAUGCAGCUUUUUUGCCGGCAUUGGGACAGUUCUUUGGACUUGGCCAAUACCAUACAAAGGCGUCUGGCACUAAUGAUUGAAUGCUUAAAUGACCGAACCCGAUCUCAAGACAAGAUCGGGUUUGCUGUGGACGGGUCAUCUUUAGAGACCAAGGCUCGCACAGGUGCGCCUUCAUCUCAACCACUAAGCGGUCUUGACGAGGACUUAUUCUAUGGCUCAAUGCCAAGAGAGAUGCUCCUCCAUGCCAUGCGAAUCGACGAUAUUGCUAUCUCGGAGAACAGCAUCUCCUGGCUCAAAGACCGCUAA